GGGAGUACUGCUAGAAAAAUAGUCUUAACGUUUCCUAGCCUCCAUUGGGUACUUAAGUUACCUUGGACUAUUCGAAGUGACCACGAGUCUACUAGGUAAACAGUCUUGAGUACCAUUCAAACGGAAGGACCUAUCUGACAUUCUUUCCAGUCCAUCUGAAACUAGUAGUGUUUCUUUUCUUUACAAAUUGAAUUCAAAAUGCCUUCGCAAUCUGAUGACAAGCGCCAGGCAGCGCGUGAAGUCAUUGACAUUCUUCACGAGAUCUCUACCCUUCUUAACACAACUUUGGACAGAACGGAUCUUUCGCUUUGCGUCUCCCUCAUUGAGAACGGGGUCAAUCCUGAUGCACUUGCCAAAAUUAUAAAGGACUUGAGGAAAGAAGCUACAGCUGCUCCACGGGCUGUUGCGGAUGAGCAUGAUUUCGGUGGAUAGAUGCAAAGAUGCAAUCUUAGUCUUGCCCUUUCAUCUUUCUCGUCUCUUAUAUUAUUUGCACAGCCCCAAGUCAGCGAUACCCUCUCCCCGAAUAUUGACAGUACAGCUACAAUGAACCCAUUUGGGACAGUCUCACGCUGUGCGCAAACGCACUGACAUA